AUGAGGUUUAUACAAGUUUUGCUAUUGAUCCAAAAUAAUUUUGUCAACCCACACGUCAAUACCAACACUGACACCCCAGUACAAGAUCCAAUCCCAGCAUGGGGACUAGGUUCAAAUUCACUCCAACCAAACAGGACUGUACUUUGCUUAUUCCAACUUAAGGGCCAGCAGUCAAACUCCUCCCUCCCCAGUUUCACAAUUCUCUUCUGCCCCCUCCCCACCCCUAACAUUUUAUUGGUCACCUCCUCCCCCAGCUUGCAUGUUUCAGCCAUUCACAUUAUUUUUCUUAAAAUUUAUUUAACAAGCGUUGUAUUUGCCAGUUUGCAUUGAUAAAUUCAUGGCCCUUCAGUGUGCAAAGAAGCCUGGGGCUAGUGGAUUUUGUGCCUACGUAUCGGGCUGGUAAAUUCUGUUCAUAAUUAACAAUUUAUGAAUGAGGCUGAGUAUCUUAUGAAGAAUUAUGGAGAUCGAGGAGGGUGUUAUCAGCCAAGGCGUAUAACACCCCCCGAGAUCUCCAUGAUUCUUCAUAUGAUACGAAAGCCGAAUUCAAUAAUAUUGUUUUAUUAUUCAUUCAAAAUAAUUCCUAGUUUAAAAACAUGGCUAAAACAUGCUUACCUCCAUUGAUCCAUCGAUGUUAAGUUCAUCUUCGAUAGUGCAUGUUUAGGGUUGUUCAGCUCCGCAAAUAUUCUCCAAAUAGCAGAUGUUGCCCUUCGAGUUGUCUUCUUGCUGUUCUUGUUAUGUUUUUAGCUAUAGUUCUUACUCUUGAAACGAGUGAAAUGUCUGCCAUUUUUGUUUUCAUAAGCAAAGCAACUUAACCUCUUCCCCAGGUCUUCUCGGUUAACGGUGCAUUAACCUGCAAGAAAGCUGCACUUUUGAUGUCAUCUAGACUACGAGUAGUCCCCAUUUUUCCUUAGGGAUAGUAGAGCGAGCGAAAUGCGAGCUCACGUGAAAAUUGCCCCACGCGAGAAAAGGCGACACGCAGCGCGGAGAGAGAAAAUUGAGGGACUACAGACAAAGCCAAAGCUUUUGACCCUUCACAGCCAACUGAUUUUGUAUCCCCUUCCAAAUUAAUUAAGCGCAUCCAAUGGCAUUCCUUCCCUCAUUGAGCUGUCAUAUUGCUCUUGUCUUUGGUAAACUGCGGGGGAUAUUAAUUUUAUUAUACUACUACAUGAGAAAUUUCUGCAGUUUGAUUGGCUUAGAGCAGUGGUAUUUCAGCUUAAUUUGAAAUACCUACAUGUGAAAAUUACAAACCUUUUGUGGGUAGUAGUAUAAACAAGUAAUAGCAUGAUUUGUACGUGAUAUUUGGCAUAAAUACCACUUGUGAUAUUUCAAAAUUGUCUCAAAUUUCACUUGCCUAACGGCUCGUGAAAUUAUACGUAUAACAAUUUUGAAAUAUCACUCGUGGUAUUUAUGCCAAAUAUCACUACAAAUCAUGCUCUUACCUAUACUAAUUGCUAGCAAAAGAAAACCCAGAUACUAAUUUUUUUCACGGCUGUUUCACGUGAUCAAGAACUGGAUACGUAGGCAACACACGACUUUUACUCAUGCCAAAAUGCUACUUGUUCCAAUGAAUUUUUUCCUCUGACAGGUAGAUUAAGCUCUGAAGGAAAAGGUUUGGUUGAGCAAAUGUGCUUUUUGCCGCUUAUUUCAUACUGAGAGGUCGUGAUACGCAUAUUAAUUUUCUGUGGUUAUAGUUUAUUAAGGCGGCAUGAUUUGCCGUCUGAUGCAAGAGCAUUUUCUUUGAUCUCUUUUGAAAGUAAAGCUCUUCAAUGCGGCUAAAUGAGGGUUUUAGGUUGUUUAAUUUCUCCGGUGAUUAAUAUAAUGCCUCCUUUUGGGCUAUAUGUAUGUGUACAUGAUGCUAGCCACAGGCACGCUGUAAAACUGACUUUCUUUGCACAUGAGUGUUAGAUAAAAUUAAUAGCAUCACAAUAAUAUUGUGUUGUUUAUUUUCAGGUUGUUCUCAGAAUAUAACCUUGGUAGCUCCAACAUUACCUGCACGAGGAAACUUUACUAUUUUAACAAAGAGGACUUGUGGAUGGUACAUCACAGCUCCUGAGAAUAACAUUGUGUUUCUGGACCUUGUGUCGGCAAUCUCUUCACCACCCUCUUUAGGGGACAGUAUUGAGUUUUAUGAUGUCAAUGGCUCAAGUUUAACUCGUAUUCCAUUUCAUUUUCCCAAUCAAGCUGCCAUUGAUCGUUACCUGUAUGAGCUCCUCUAUUCUAAGUUUCGAUCUGUGUAUGUUGCAUUCAAGAGUGGUGGCAAGACAGAUGAUGAGUUAACUAUUGAGUACUCAUCUCUUCAUCCAGGUAAGAUUACUGGUGGUAAUUAAUCAAAAAUAUCACUGUUAAAACAUAAUAAAUUUUUUGUUACCACAUCAAAGAGAAAAUUCUGAGCUUUUAGUUCUGCAAGAGCCUUAGUGGAUUGAGUAGCUAGUGACCUAAUCACUUCUGAUCACCAGCUUACAUAGCAAGCAUUUUUGCAUGAAAGCAAAAAAUGGGAGUA